AUUUGUUUUCAGUUCGCUUUGGUCGUGCAAAAGCUGCUGUUGCUUGCUCGUUCUCUUCAUAGUGAUUCCAAAAGCUUAUGCUUAGCUCUUGUUUUUUUAGUAGAGUAAUUUUAUACAAAAGGUGAAAUAUGAGUUACCUGCGUAAAACACCGAUGCGUAUGAUUGUUAAUGCAGUCCAGCGCCAGCAGCAAUGUAUGUCCAGCGGAACAGGUGCCAUGUCAGCACUCACUGUGCUUACGGAAGAUGAACGAGUAAUGAAGGAAACAGUCGCCAAAUUGGCUCAAGAACAAAUCGCCCCACUCGUAAAGAAAAUGGAUCAGGAACACAAAUUUGAUCCAUCUGUGGUGAGUGCCGUUUUCGAAAAUGGUCUGAUGGGCAUGGAAGUCGAUCCCGACUUGGGAGGCAGCGGUUGCAAUUUUCUGACUACCAUUUUGGUUGUCGAAGAGCUGUCCAAGGUUGAUCCAGCCGUUGCCGCUUUCGUCGACAUCCACAACACUUUAGUUGUCUCAUUGAUGAUGAAAGUGGGAAAUGAGGAGCAGAAAAAGAAGUAUUUGCCGAAAUUGUCGCAGGAAUAUGCUGGUAGCUUUGCCUUAACCGAACCUGGCGCUGGUUCUGAUGCGUUUAGCUUGAAAACCGUUGCUAAGAAGGACGGCAAUCAUUACGUUAUCAAUGGUACGAAAAUGUGGAUUUCCAACUCGGACGUGGCUGGUGUAUUUCUAGUCUUCGCCAAUGCCAAACCAGAAGCGGGUUACCGCGGCAUUACCACAUUCAUUGUUGAUCGCGACACACCUGGCUUGAUCGUGAAUAAGCCCGAAGACAAGCUUGGCAUUCGCGCAUCCGGCACCUGCAUGAUCACCUUCGACAACGUACGCGUGCCCGAAGAGAAUAUACUGGGUGUAUUUGGCCAUGGCUACAAGUAUGCCGCCGGCUUCUUGAACGAGGGUCGUAUUGGCAUUGGCGCACAAAUGGUGGGUCUUGCCCAAGGUUGCUUCGAUCACACCAUACCCUACCUGCUGGAGCGCAAGCAAUUUGGCAAGGAGAUCUACGAUUUCCAAUCGAUGCAACAUCAAAUAGCCACUGUGGCGACGGAAAUCGAAGCGGCACGUUUGCUUACCUACAACGCCGCACGUCUGCAGGAGCAGGGAAAACCUUUCCUCAAAGAAGCUGCAAUGGCCAAGUUCUUCGCCUCGGAAGUGGCACAACGCGCCACCAUCAAGUGCAUUGACUGGAUGGGUGGUGUUGGCUUCACGCGCGACUUUCCACAGGAGAAAUACUAUCGUGAUGUGAAGAUUGGCGCCAUCUAUGAAGGUACCACCAACAUGCAGCUUAGCACCAUUGCUAAGGUGAUCAAGAAGGAAUAUACCAAGUAAAAUGGGGCAAAUAAAGUACAGGAUGCCAUCCAAUUGUGGGCUUAGUUGUCCAUUGCGAGCAGUUAAGUGUAAUGUCGUAACAGAUACCAACAGUGCAUUUAUUAGGGAAUCGACCGUAUGCUAUUUUGUAAAUUGGUUGUCCCCACAUACAUACGUCUCUAUUGCCAUUAUUAGGUUUAGUAGCUGUGUUUUCACCAAUUACACUCGCGCAUGCUGUUAAUUCCAGAAAUAGUUACAUAUGUACAUAUUUACAUGAAUUUAAAAUUUGGAACCUGAGCAUUUAUGUAGAUCAUAGCUAGUGUAUUUUUGUUUUAAAUAAAUAUUUUGUAUUUUUAUUAAGCUGUUUUUAAAAUUUUGUAUAAGUGAGAUAUAUACAAAAUUUGAGCAUUUAUUAAAAAAUUAAAAUAUGUAUAUGUGC